AUGUGCCAGGUCUCCCAGAGUGCAGUGCUGCUUCUUGUGGCUCUCACAAUCAGAGGCACAUUUGAGCAAAGGAUCAUUGGGGGUCAGGAGGUAGUGCCCUACUCCAUCAAGUACCAGGCCUCCAUUCAGUACAAGAAGAUGCACUACUGUGGGGCUACUCUAAUUCGGCCUCAGUGGGUAGUGUCUGCUGCCCACUGCUGGAGACCGAGCUCUCUGAUCCAGGUGGUUUUGGGUGAGCACAAUCUUAUGGAAGAGGAGGGAUUUGAGCAGGAAUUCAACGUCUCCAAAAUCUUUGUUUAUUAUAACUACAACUACAGGACAUUCAAUAAUGAUAUAAUGCUAGUGAAGCUGGAUCGGCCUGCCCAACUCAACGCCUAUGUCCAGCCUGCCCCCCUGCCGGACCUGAGCACCCCCCCGCUUCCCAGAGACGCCACCUGCACAGUGAGUGGCUGGGGGGUCACCCGAAUCUACAGCUACUACCUGUCCAAGGUGCUGCGGGCUGUAGACGUCAACAUCAUCCCAAACUGCUAUCGCUACUACUACUGGAGGAUCACUGACAAUAUGCUCUGUGCUGGCUCCAGAUUUGGAGGCAAGGACUCCUGCCAGGGAGACUCGGGUGGGCCACUCAUCUGUGACGGCAACUUUGAAGGCAUCGUCUCCUGGGGGAUCAGCUGUGCCAAUCCCUACUAUCCCGGAGUCUACACCAAAGUGAGAAACUUCGCAAGGUGGAUCAACUGGAUCAUCAACAAUGACAGUGGCAACUGA